AUGUCGUCCACAGCCGUUCAGCCACCCCCGCCCGUUCCGCCGCCGCCACCAUCGGCCGCCCCUUCCGCCGGAAAGGGCAUCCACUCCAAGCUGUACAACGGGAUGAUUGGCGCCGCCGACAAAUUUGUGCCCGCCAAGCUGCGGCCACUGUGGAUGCAUCCAGCUGGUCCCAAGACGAUAUUCUUCUGGGCACCCGUCUUCAAAUGGGGUCUCGUUGCCGCCGGCCUGAGUGACUUGGCCCGACCAGCCGACACCAUCUCCGUGUCUGGAUGCGCCGCCCUGGCUGCCACCGGCAUCAUCUGGUCGCGUUACUCGCUGGUAAUCAUACCCAAGAACUACAGCCUGUUCGCCGUGAAUCUCUUCGUGGGCAUCACGCAGGUGGUGCAGCUGGCACGGGCCUACCACUACCACCAGAGUCAGGAGAAGCUGAAGCAGGAGCAGCAGCUGCCGGCGGUGCAAAAUUAGAUACAUAUCGAAUCGAAUACCGGUGCUGUACCCUUUAUAUAGACUUUAAUCGAACUGUUAUGUACAUACAAAUCCCACAACGCACAACGUAAACGAAAGGAUUAAGAGAAAGCUGUGCUCGCAGAUCGCGCCAACCUGGUUUUUCAACCUGUUAACCAUUAUUAUUUAUGGUACACCGCCUUAUCGACGUGAUUCGUAUUACUUAAGUUGUAACAGUGGAGGCUUUGCGUAUAGUUAAAUCGAAACGAGAAUGAUAAAUCAAUACAUUUUAAGACUUUAGUAACUAGAUAAACGUAGUUGUUCGUUUUAUUGGGUUAAAGUCAGUAACAUAAUGAACCAAGUUGGCUAAAAGUCUUUCCUUAACGGUAUUAUUAUAAGUACGCCAAAUCGUAUAGAAAAUGAAAAUUUAAAUGUAAAAAGGUGUUAUUAAUUGCAUUAAAACCGGACUAUCAAGAAUAUAACUCAUACGCCAUGUGUGAUGAAUCUAUUUGCACAUUAAAUGAACGAUAACAGUGUUGAGUUUUACACAAUUAGUCAACACAAAUUAAUUAAAACCCAAUAAAAGGAGAAUAUAACUAACAGCUUUUAUUAGCAUUGCGGCAAAAGCAAAGUGCGAAAAGAGGGGCUGGCGUCGUCGUAUUCUAGUGGCUGAUAGUGCUGGUGAUAACAGGAGCGUUAAGCUAAUAAUACUAGAGAAACAUAAGCAUAUGUGCAUGGACCCCGGACUUUUCGGAAAGCUCAGUUGUAGAUGGACGCCUGGUUGGAGCUGUUGUGCCUCAGAUUGUUCCGGAGCACUACUUCCCAACUGGUUUAUCGCAAUCCCAGCCGAUUGUUAUUCCAGCGCUUCCAAUCAAUCAGCCCAUACUCAACAAAUACUUGACUACAGG